AUUGUGCAAGGCCCGGGUACAGAACAAGGAAUAAUAAGACACGCCCUGAAGGAGUACAUCGUUUAGUGAGGGACAGACCAAGCACGCAAAACAAAUUGCAAUAUAAUGUGAUAAGUUCUUUAAAAGAGGUAAGAGCAACGUGCUUUGGGAGCAGAGAAGAGGGAGAAAGCAGCAUCUUGCCUGGAUGAGCCAGGGGACACAGACGAGAAGCCCACUAUCUCAUUUAAUCUUUACAACACUCUUGCAAGGUUCCCUGGUUGUGAAAAUACAUGAGAUAAAUCAUGAAGGCCACUAUCAUCCUCCUUCUGCUUGCACAAGUUUCCUGGGCUGGACCGUUUCAACAGAGAGGCUUAUUUGACUUUAUGCUAGAAGAUGAGGCUUCUGGGAUAGGCCCAGAAGUUCCUGAUGACCGCGACUUCGAGCCCUCCCUAGGCCCAGUGUGCCCCUUCCGCUGUCAAUGCCAUCUUCGAGUGGUCCAGUGUUCUGAUUUGGGUCUGGACAAAGUGCCAAAGGAUCUUCCGCCUGACACAACUCUGCUAGACCUGCAAAACAACAAAAUAACCGAAAUCAAAGAUGGAGACUUUAAGAACCUGAAGAACCUUCACGCAUUGAUUCUUGUCAACAAUAAAAUUAGCAAAGUUAGUCCUGGAGCAUUUACACCUUUGGUGAAGUUGGAACGACUUUAUCUGUCCAAGAAUCAGCUGAAGGAAUUGCCAGAAAAAAUGCCCAAAACUCUUCAGGAGCUGCGUGCCCAUGAGAAUGAGAUCACCAAAGUGCGAAAAGUUACUUUCAAUGGACUGAACCAGAUGAUUGUCAUAGAACUGGGCACCAAUCCGCUGAAGAGCUCAGGAAUUGAAAAUGGGGCUUUCCAGGGAAUGAAGAAGCUCUCCUACAUCCGCAUUGCUGAUACCAACAUCACCAGCAUUCCUCAAGGUCUUCCUCCUUCCCUUACGGAAUUACAUCUUGAUGGCAACAAAAUCAGCAGAGUUGAUGCAGCUAGCCUGAAAGGACUGAAUAAUUUGGCUAAGUUGGGAUUGAGUUUCAACAGCAUCUCUGCUGUUGACAAUGGCUCUCUGGCCAACACGCCUCAUCUGAGGGAGCUUCACUUGGACAACAACAAGCUUACCAGAGUACCUGGUGGGCUGGCAGAGCAUAAGUACAUCCAGGUUGUCUACCUUCAUAACAACAAUAUCUCUGUAGUUGGAUCAAGUGACUUCUGCCCACCUGGACACAACACCAAAAAGGCUUCUUAUUCGGGUGUGAGUCUUUUCAGCAACCCGGUCCAGUACUGGGAGAUACAGCCAUCCACCUUCAGAUGUGUCUACGUGCGCUCUGCCAUUCAACUCGGAAACUAUAAGUAAUUCUCAAGAAAGCCCUCAUUUUUAUAACCUGGCAAAAUCUUGUUAAUGUCAUUGCUAAAAAAUAAAUAAAAGCUAGAUACUGGAAACCUAACUGCAAUGUGGAUGUUUUACCCACAUGAUUUAUUAUGCAUAAAGCCAAAUUUCCAGUUUAAGUAAUUGCCUACAAUAAAAAGAAAUUUUGCCUGCCAUUUUCAGAAUCAUCUUUUGAAGCUUUCUGUUGAUGUUAACUGAGCUACUAGAGAUAUUCUUAUUUCACUAAAUGUAAAAUUUGGAGUAAAUAUAUAUGUCAAUAUUUAGUAAAGCUUUUCUUUUUUAAUUUCCAGGAAAAAAUAAAAAGAGUAUGAGUCUUCUGUAAUUCAUUGAGCAGUUAGCUCAUUUGAGAUAAAGUCAAAUGCCAAACACUAGCUCUGUAUUAAUCCCCAUCAUUACUGGUAAAGCCUCAUUUAAAUGUGUGAAUUCAAUACAGGCUAUGUAAAAUUUUUACUAAUGUCAUUAUUUUGAAAAAAUAAAUUUAAAAAUACAUUCAAAAUUA